AUGCCUUUCGGAUUAAAGAAUGCGGGGGCGACGUAUCAGCGGUUGAUGGAUAGGGUGUUUCAAGGACUGGUAGGAAGGAACAUGGAGGUAUACGUUGACGAUAUGAUCGUUAAAUCGGUUUUCGGAUCGAACCAUCAUAAGGAUUUGAUGGAGGCCUUCGGUAGGAUUCGGAAGCAUAACAUGAGGCUUAAUCCGGAAAAAUGUUCUUUCGGCAUACGGGGCGGGAAGUUUUUAGGCUUCAUGAUUACAUCCAGAGGAAUCAAAAUUAAUCCAGAUAAGUGUAAGGCAAUCCAGGAGAUGAAAAGCCCAAGCAAUGUGAAGGAGGUGCAGAGACUAACCGGGCGGAUCGCGACCUUAUCCCGUUUUCUCCCUCACUCGGGCGACAAGUCAGCCCCAUUCUUCAAAUUCCUCAAGAAGAAUGCGGCAUUUGAGUUGAAUUCAGAGUGCGAGGAGGCCUUCACCCGCCUCAAGGAGAUGUUGUCCGCCCCACUAGUCCUUUCGAAACUUGUCCAAGGCCUUCCUUUGCAUUUGUACUUCUCUGUCGGUGAUCACGCAAUAAGCUCGGUGAUCCUUCAGGAGGUAGAUGGAGAGAAAAGGGGGAAGGUCGGUGCACAGACCUUAGCGGAUUUUGUGGUGGAAUUGACGCCAGAAAAAGGGGAAAAUGUGAGCACGCAAUGGAUAUUGUUUGUCGAUGGGUCGUCGAACGACAACGGAAGCGGGGCUGGGGUCACUUUGCAGGGGCCCGGGGAGUUGGUGUUGGAACAGUCCCUCAGGUUCCAGUUCAAAACCAGCAAUAACCAAGCAGAAUACGAGGCUCUUAUUGCGGGCUUAAAACUGGCAAUUGAGGUGCAAAUCGACAGUCUGCUGGUAAGAACGGACUCGCUGCUAGUGGCAAGCCAAGUCAAUGGGGAGUUUCAAGUAAAGGAGCCGGCCUUGAUAAAGUAUGUGGAGCGCGUGCGGCUGCUCAUCGGUCGUUUGCAACAGGUGGUAGUUGAGUUCGUGCCGAGGGCACAAAACCAAAGGGCGGACGCCCUAGCGAAGCUAGCAAGCACUAGGAAGCCUGGCAACAACCGGAGUGUGAUUCAAGAGACGCUCGCCAAUCCCAGCAUAGAGGAGGAUUUGGUGGCUUCGGUUGAUCGCCAUGAAACUUGGAUGAACCCCAUCAUCGAUAUUCUGGCGGGAGAACCAAGUGACGUGGUAAAAUACUCAAAGGCGCAAAGGAGGGAGGCGGUGCACUACACGCUACUCGACGGGAUACUCUUUCGGCGGGGAUUUAGUUCACCCCUCCUAAGAUGUCUUCCACCUGAGAAAUACGAGGUUGUUAUGACGGAGGUUCAUGAGGGAGUUUGUGCAAGCCACAUUGGAGGAAGGUCGCUGGCGUGCAAAGUCCUCAGAGCGGGUUUCUAUUAG